AUGAUUCCUACUAAUGUAUCUAAGUAUGUCCUUCAAGCCAUCAUAAACAUGAACACUGCUGUGCACCAAAGUGGUUCGCCACAGUCUAUUAAAGUGACCACGGUGGUGGCAAUGGGAGUGCUCGGAACGUCGUAUCCACCUUCUGCAGCAGUUUUUUCUAACGAUUCCUUGCAAAUAAUGCGAGGCAUCGUAAGUUUCUUGCAAAACCAGGGUUUCCCAUUCUUUCUUAACGUUUAUCCUUAUUUCUCCUAUGCUAGUAACCCUUCGAAGAUUAGGUUGGUUUAUGCAUUAUUCGACACUACUGAUGUUGUUGUUCAAGAUGGGAAUCUUCAAUACAAGAAUCUGUUUUAUGCUAUGGUUGAUUCAAUGAUUUGGGCAGUUGAAAAAGCAGGUGGCUCAAAUGUUUAG